UCCGUCAUUACAAGUUAUUACUAAACAUCGUUCAACAUUUUGCAAUGCGUUUUUAAGUAUAUUUACCCUAUAAUCUUUUUGUAAAUAUAUAUACUUCACAAUUAGUUUUAAUUAGAUAAUUAUAAACGUAGUCAUGACGGAGACAUGGGAACUGGAUCAUCGCGAUAAAAAGAGAAUUAGGGAAGUGAAAAGGAAGGCUCGUCCAGAGCUUGCUGAUAAAAAUGCAUGGACUCAACACAAUUAUUAUAAAAAUUUUCGAAAAUUUUGGGAAUUUGUGGACAAUGCCGAGCGAAUUAAUGAAUCCGACGUGACUACAGAAGAUUUCGUAGAAAAGUAUGAGAAACCUUACAAGCCUGUGAUAAUACAAGGUGUUCAAACUGGCUGGAGAGCCCAGCACAAAUGGACUAUAGAGAAGUUAGCAAAGAAAUAUCGGAAUCAAAAGUUUAAGUGUGGAGAAGAUAAUGAUGGAUAUAGUGUAAAAAUGAAGAUGAAAUAUUAUGUUCGUUACAUGUUUAAUAAUGAAGAUGAUUCUCCCUUAUACAUUUUCGAUAGUUCGUUUGGUGAACAUCCAAGGCGAAAAAGGUUGUUAGAAGAUUAUGUAAUUCCUAAAUACUUCCGGGAUGAUCUUUUUCAUUAUGCUGGAGAACAUCGAAGACCGCCAUAUCGUUGGUUUGUAAUGGGUCCUGCAAGAUCUGGUACAGGAAUACAUAUAGAUCCAUUAGGUACCAGUGCGUGGAACGCAUUAAUUUCUGGUCAUAAACGUUGGUGCCUAUUUCCUACGCAUACUCCUCGCGAACUUUUAAAGGUAACCGCAACUGAAGGUGGUAAGCAGAGAGACGAAGCUAUUACAUGGUUUUCCAUUGUUUAUCCUCGCACAAAGCUACCCACGUGGCCAAAAGAUUGCCACCCUAUAGAGAUUCUACAAUCUCCUGGUGAAACUGUUUUUAUUCCUGGUGGUUGGUGGCAUAUUGUUUUAAAUCUUGAUGAAACUAUAGCAGUAACACAGAAUUUCUGUUCACGUACCAACUUCCCGGUAGUUUGGCACAAAACGGUACGAGGGAGGCCAAAAUUGUCGCAGAAAUGGUUAAAAGUACUCUAUGAUAAAGAACCUGAACUGGCAACACUAGCGGAAAGUAUAGAUGUAAAAACGGACACUGGUGUUGCCAGUGAUUCCUCGAGUGGUUCUUCGAGUAGUUCGUCGAGUAGUACCAGUAGUAGUCAAUCAGAGGAUAGCGAGGACGAUAGUGGUCAAGAAUCACUUACCGCGCAUAAAAAGAAAAAGAGAAGAAGAUUGAAUAACAGCCAACCCUGACAAUAUCCAGUAUUUGGAACCUACAGAGACCUCAGACUGUACAGUAUUAAUCGACAAUUAUUGUUUGUACUAAGAAUAAAUAUUAUAAUUAUUAUGAUUACAAUCAUAUCUUUAUGUUCAUAAU